UCCCCUGCCCGCGCCCCUACCCGCAGGGUGCGCGCCGCCUCCGGCCCCGGGCGGAGCUCCGGGCCAUGGCGGCCGCGGAGCCCAAGCCCCCGGCGGGAGCGGACGCGGCCCGGCGCCUGGCCGGGGGCUGCUGGUCUGCUCUCUGGGACUACGAGACGCCCAAGGUGAUCGUGGUGAAGAACCGGCGCCUGGGCGUCGCGUACCGCGCGGUCCAGCUGCUGCUCCUGCUCUACUUCGUGUGGUACGUGCUCAUCGUGCAGAAGAGCUACCAGGACCGCGAGACGGGCCCCGAGAGCUCCGUCAUCACCAAGGUCAAGGGCAUCACCUACUCCGAGCACAAAGUGUGGGACGUGGAGGAGUACGUGAAGCCCCCCGAGGGAGGCAGCGUGUUCAGCAUCAUCACCAGGAUCGAGGUCACAGCCUCCCAGACCCUCGGAAACUGCCCAGAGAGUGUGAGGGUCCGCGACGCCACCUGUGACUUGGACGAGGACUGUGUGUCGGGGCAGCUGGACAUGCUGGGAAACGGCCUGCGGACCGGGCGCUGUGUACCCUACUACCAAGGCUCAGCCAAGACCUGCGAAGUGUCUGGCUGGUGCCCAGUGGAAGAUGGGGCCUCUGUCAGCCAGUUUCUCGGCAAGAUGGCCCCAAAUUUCACCAUCCUCAUCAAGAACAGCAUCCACUACCCUAAAUUCCAGUUCUCCAAGGGCAACAUAGAGCACCGCAAGGAUGGCUACCUGGGACACUGCACAUUCGAUGAGGUCUCUGACCUCUACUGUCCCAUCUUCAAGCUGGGCUUCAUUGUGGAGCAAGCAGGGGAGAACUUCACGGAGCUGGCACAUACGGGUGGCGUCAUUGGAGUCGUCAUCAACUGGGACUGUGACCUGGACCUGCCGGCGUCAAAAUGCAACCCCAAAUACUCCUUCCGAAGGCUCGACCCCAAGCACGUCCCAGCCUCGUCUGGCUACAACUUCAGGUUUGCCAAAUAUUACAAGACAAACAGCAGCACAACCCGCACACUCAUCAAGGCCUAUGGGAUCCGCAUUGAUGUCAUUGUGCAUGGACAGGCAGGGAAGUUCAGCCUGAUUCCCACCAUCAUUAAUCUGGCCACAGCACUGACUUCCAUUGGAGUGGGCUCCUUCCUGUGUGACUGGAUCUUGCUGACGUUCAUGAACAAAAACAAGGUGUACAGCCAUAAGAAAUUCGACAAGGUGUGCGCACCCAGACAGCCCCCUGGUAGCUGGCCGGUGACUCUGGCUCUGGUUUUGGGCCAGGCCCCUCCCCCAGUCCCUCCCUGCCCUGCAGACCCCAGCCAGGCCUGCCAAGCUCUGGCUGUCCCGCCCCCACCCAAGCAGAUGGUGGAUACUCCCGAGCAGACCACUGGACCACAGCUGUGCGCCUCCGAGCCUCCCCGGCAGGACUCCACACUCGCAGAUCCCCGAGGUCUGGCCCAGCUCUGAGCCCACCACACACUCUCCAUCCUGCUGCUUGAGCAAGGCCCCACCUGGGGGGUCCCUGGUGUCUGCACUUCCCUGGUAGCCCAUGGAGACCAGGAACCCAAAGAUCCCCGUGCAACCGGGUGAUGCGCUGACAGAAAUGGGUGGCACCCAGACCCUGGCCGUGUCCCUGGGCCUGGAGGGAGGGGCAGAUUCCUGCCUCCUUCUCCCCUGACUUCCUCACAGGCCUCUUACCCCUCCCCACCCGGGCUCUCUGCUUGCUUCAUGGCCAAGAAAUCACACAUCCAGAAUCCAAUAAACCUGUGACCAGAA